AUGUUCUCCUCAAACACCUCCCUCAACGACGUAUCUAUUGCUUCUUGUUGGAAAAAAGAGUCUGUAUUGGCUUCAACUUCUUGUCAAACUUCCCCUAUUGAAACGACCCAUACCGCUGUAGAAACAACACGCUCUUGCUCCAUUCAGAUACAAACUGAUAGUGAACCUAUUUCAAAAUCUAAAUUGAACUCGACCAAGUUGGAUUUACCCUCUUUGGUUUCGUUUCUGACUCGCGUUGAAUCAGAUAUCUCGUCUCUCCUGCUACAGAAUAUCAAAAGCACUGCUUUUCAUGGCUACAAUGUCAAAUGGGAAGACGAAAUUGAUUCAGUGAGUUGUUUAGCUACAUUCAACCACCCACACAAACUUCCGGGUUUGAGCUGUACAGAUUUGUCAUGGAACAAAGCCGGCUCAGUCAUUGCCACAUCACACGGUCGACUAGACCAUACUAGUUGGUGUGCACAUAAAGGCAUGAUAAGUCUUUGGAGUAUGUCGUAUCGAAAUCAUGGUUUUGAUGCAUGCACCUUUACUGCAGAAACGUCAAGCUGUUUGAUGAGUGUCGCAUUUCAUCCAGACAUUCCAUCUAUAAUUGCUGGUGGUGCAUUCAAUGGUGAAAUCACUGUUUGGUCCACCACAGACCCACAAAAUCCAAUUAUUGCCUUGUCAUCUUCAACCGCUUUAGCACAUCAAGAACCCAUUGCAAAAGUCGUAUGGAUCCCAAGCUCUACUAAACACGGCCAGUUUGAUCUCAUGUCCGUGGGAAAUGAUGGAAAGAUACUCAUAUGGGACUUGGACAAUAAACUUUCUAAACCAAAAGCCAUGCAACUUAGUAUGGUUUUAUUUGUAUUAACAACCAAAGCUUAUUUCAUUCAUGCAUUUCUACUUAGAUCUCAAAUCAUGCUGAGCAACAUUUCAAGUCGAAUACGCCAAACUACAGUCAAAUCUAGACUAGAUUCGCCAGUGGGUAUUACAUCUAUAUCUGUUUCAACACACAACACUCAAGACUACCUAAUCGGUACAGAAUCUGGUCAUGUAUUGAAAUGUACACUUGCAAAUGUGACGCAAAUUUUACCAAAACAAGAGGUUAAAGAAAGCUUACCAAAUGUAGUUUCACUGGCGUAUAUGUCGCAUGUGGGGCCAGUCCAGUCCAUUUCACAAUCAGCAUUUCAUCGGAAUGUAUUCAUUACUUGUGGCAGUGAUGGUACCAUCAGACUAUACAACCAACUACAGCCCAAGCCGAUCAUGACAUGGGAGCCUUCGGAGCAACCAAUUUGUUCAGCCCAAUGGUCACCCUUUCGAUCUGCAGUGUUUGCGUGCACAACUCAAGAGGGAAAUAUACAUUUUUACGACCUAACUGUAUCACAAAGUACACCGGCUGUAACGAUCAAAGCUACAGAAUCUACUGUCAAAAUUGCGCCAGUAGGGUUAUUUAACCCCAUUAGGCCCGAAUACUUUGCAAGCGGUGAUGCCGAGGGAGUACUUAAAAUAUGGCAACUUAGUACGCUACUAACUCAUGGCGGUGAUAUUGACGAUGAUACCUUGAUCAAACAUCUUGCUCAAUCUUGA